CAUAUAUGCAGCAAUGCUUCAGUAAUAUAGUACAAGCAUGGCUGAAGAAUUGUCGGGUGUAACUAUAGUAAUAUUUAUAGCUGCUGGAAUACUAACAAUACUGUUAUUAUUCAUUUUUGCUAAACGUCAAAUAAUGAGAUUUGCUUUACGUUCACGACGUGGACCACAUAUUCCUAUUGGGCACGAUGCUAAAAAGUCACUAAAGAGAGCUAUUGAAAGACGUAUAGAAGUAAUACCAAGAAUUCAAUAUGAACCACAACUUAUAAGUGACUCCAGAUAUAUUUUAACUCCUGGCAGUCAGGUUCCGCCACAUUAUUUUAGACUGAAAGCUGUAGAUGAUAUUAAGAUCUUAGAAGCUGAAAUAACAAAAUAUGAUAGUUGUUUAAAAAGGCAUCCAUCUGAAAACUUAAGAGCGUAUUUAUUAUCGACUCUUGCCACACAAUUAAAUGGAAGUGGUCAACGCUUGAUUCAUCAAUUUUGUGAUUUGUAUGAACAUGCAAAACAUGAUCCAACAGAAUUUGGGGACGAAGAAUACCAAGUAUAUACACGUUUAUUUCUUAAAUUAAUGGAUGCAGCUCGCCUUUUGAAGUCUUAUCCAAGUAGUAAAAAAUCCAGUCCAAGUCGUACACCAAUAAAGAAGAACGUAGAAACUAAAAGAAAUAUAUUGGAACCAAGAAUGCGUUUACCUGAGGAUCAGGUGUUAACAGGAUCAAGACCAAGCACAUUAACAGUAAUGGCACUAGAUAAUAGCGAAACAUCUGUUUAGCAUUAUGAGAAUCGUCACAUACAACAUAUGUGACGAGUAAAAUGUGUAUAUAAGUAUAUAUAUAUAUAUAUAUAUAUGUACAUAUAUUUAUCUGAUUUAAUUUUUUUUUAUUUUCUUUUGUUCAUAUAUUCAUAAAAAAAUAUAUAUGUAUAAUAUUUAUAACUUCUUACCAAAUAAUAAGCAUUGUAUGGCAGUAAAGUAAAUAUUAUUGUUAGAAAUUUAGAAUAGAUAGUUAUAAUUUUUAUAUACAAUACUGCUCUUUUUGAUAUUUAUUAGAAAUGUAUGUCUAUCAUAUAGAAUUUAAUAUUCAAAAAAGUAAAUUAAUUGUAUCAUUGUACACAUUUAUACAUUUAAAUCUUUUAGAUUGUCUACUCUGCUAAAUAAGUAAACCACUUCUUAUUGUAAUGCGGAUGAUGUUUUAAGGAGAUUAAUGAAUUAUGAAAUGUAGAUUUAUACAGUUCCGGUAUAGGACAUUUUCUCAUUUGAUAUAACCAUUCCAUUACCUGAGAAAUUAUUAUUCAAAAUUACUCUUAAUGUAGUACCAAUUAGAAGUUAUUCGCAUGUAUAAUUGCAUGCAUACUAUAAUAGAAAAUAUCUAGUUCUUAAAGAUUACCUGAGGAAUCAUAUGAUCUUUCCAAUGUUGUAAGUCAGCAAGCCUAGCAAUAGCUUGUGGAAAUAAUCUUGUUCUAAUUCGUUGCGAAGAUAUAAUAGAAUUUGUAUCCAAUAUUAUGCAAUCCAUUCCCGAUAAAUAAAUAAUAGAAAUGAAAAAAAUAUCACAAUAAAAUAUAAUUUGUUGGUUGUUUUCAGAUAUUUCUGGUAUAAGUGAUAAAAUACGAUUUAUGAAAUCGAUAGCCCAAUCUACUGUAUAUAUUUUAGAUCGCACUUCAGUUUGUACUCUUUGAACUUCUUGUAACAAAUAUAAUUGUACACU